CCAUUUUCUCCUUCUUCCCUACCCUUGGGUUCCAUAACCCAACAGGUUGAUUUUAGACCCAAAUUCAAGUGGAAGGGCUUAAUUGCAAGUGAAUUCAAAUAUUUGGGACCAAUUCUCAAUUUCUAAUAACUUGCUUUUAUUUGAUGAAUUUGACUCCCGAAAUACGAGAAGUCCACGAUAAUGUCGGACCCAGCAUUCGCGCACAACAGCAGCCUCCUGCGACCCGACCCGGCGACCACAACCGACGAGGAGCCAGCCGCAAUCCUUCUACUCCAGUGGCGACGACGCUGACCUCCAGCGAAGCAACAUGCAGCGAGGAGCUUCCAGCGCCGGCGCCCAGCAGCCCGACUCCGACGCCAUCUGCGUAGACUCCGGCGAGCUCCACACUCCGGCAACCUGAUAGCGCGUCUUCCUCCUCCCGGCGACGCUGACCGGACGCGAAGACCAAACCAGCGUGACCAGUUUCUGAAAUUGGGUGAAAUUCCCAAAUUGCCCCUGUGGAGAAUCUCUAGUGCAAGGAAUCUGUGCGAGCACUUGCGAAGGAUCUUGGAUAUUGAAAACAGGGGACUUUAAAGUUGCCUGUGCCAGUAUACUUGGGUUAUUCAGUUCUCCCCUUCACAUGCUCUUUGGAGGCACUGCUUUUUAUGGUAAUAAGUUAUUCCCUUCGUGUUCACGGUUUCACUGACCGGCCUCAAAAUGUUGCAAGGGCGGUUGGAGUGAAAAAGAUGCGAGAAACUGAAUGCCAAAGGUCAGGGAGGAUCACUAUCUACAAAGUUGGGGAAUAUGAGUAAUGGAUGUUUGGGGGGAAUCCUACUGCCAAAGGCUGGGGAGAAUCACAAUCAAGAAGUUGUGAAAAGACAGCGGUGAAUGUUUGGGGAGGUUCAACAUCAGGAGGUUUAAGUUGGGGAAUCUGCAGAGCAGAAAAGUAUCCAUGGAAGACCUGGCGCAGUGCUGAAAAGUACUUAAUUGCCUUCUUGAUCUCAGCCCUAUUUUCUUCUUCACGUCCAUGACUAUAAAGGUACUCCAUUAGUAAAUGAUUGAAAAUUUCUUUAACCAUCAAUCUAUAUGAGUGGAUGAAUGUUCUAUUGCAACUCAUUCCGAU